CAGGUCAAUCUCCUCCAUACGCGUAUCGAAACUCUCGAAAGAGAAGUCGAGGAAAACCAACGGGAUCUGGUCUACAGGUCUCAAUGUAGUAUGCUCCGCGUCAUGAACGCGCGACAGGCAAACGACGGUCCCCUGCGUGCGAUCCCUCCUCGCCCAGGUUGCCCCCCAUAUCAAGAGGGUGACUUUCCUCCGACAUUCGUAGCAUUCUGCAAUUUACCCGCUCCGAGUCUGGAUCGCCUCUUGAGCGCAUUUCGGCUCCCAGUUGAAGGCACGGAUGAAGAAAAGCAAACUAAACUUGCUCCAUUGCUUGGCCGUAUCUUUUGA